AGUAAAUACAUAUCACUUGCUGGUUACUUCCGGUGACGUCGCGCUAGCUGCCGAUGCCACACGCGGGAAACAGGCGAAGCUUCUCAUCACGUUGAUUAGGACGAGUCCUCGCCUGUAGCUGAGAUGGGAGACACGCUGGAGUUCAGCGACAUUUACCAGGAGGUCAAAGGCUCCUGGAACGAUGGGCGGCUGCGUUUCGGCAAACAAAGUGUGGUUUAUAAAAGCAGCAAGACGGGGAAGGUGGACAGCAUCCCGACUAGCGAUCUCAACCAGGCCCAAUGGAGGCGAGUGUGUUUAGGUCACGGCAUCAAGCUGGGCACCCAUUCAGGACAUAUCUACAAAUAUGACGGCUUCAGGGACACGGACUUUGAGAAAAUCUCUGAGUACUUCAAGGCCAACUACAAGGUGGAGCUGUCAGAGAAGGACAUGUGUGUGAAGGGAUGGAACUGGGGAACAGCCAAGUUCUCGGGGCCGCUGUUGUCAUUUGAAGUAAAUGAAAGCACAGCUUUCGAGGUGCCACUGGCCAACGUGUCCCAGUGUGCGACGGGGAAGAACGAAGUCACCCUAGAGUUUCACCAGAACGACGACACAGAGGUCUCCCUCAUGGAGGUCCGCUUCUACGUCCCCCCCAGCCAGGCCGACGAACGGCAAGACCCCGUCGAGGCGUUUGCUGAGAAUGUGUUGUCUAAGGCCGACGUGAUCCAGGCCACAGGGGACGCUGUGUGCAUCUUCAAAGAGCUCCAGUGUCUUACACCCAGAGGAAGGUACGACAUCCGGAUCUACCCGACGUUCCUUCACCUCCACGGUAAAACCUUUGACUACAAGAUUCCCUACACCACGGUCCUCCGUCUCUUCCUGCUGCCACACAAGGAUCAGAGGCAGAUGUUCUUUGUGAUCAGUCUGGAUCCUCCCAUCAAGCAGGGUCAGACGCGUUAUCACUUUCUCAUCCUGCUUUUCUCCAAGGAAGAGGACCUGAGCCUCACCCUCAACAUGAGCGAGGAUGACGUGGAGCGCCGCUUUGAGGGGAAACUCAGUAAAAACAUGUCCGGCUCUCUGUAUGAGAUGGUCAGCAGGGUGAUGAAGGCCCUCGUCAACCGCAAGAUCACCGUGCCCGGAAACUUCCAGGGUCACUCUGGGGCUCAGUGCAUCACCUGCUCCUACAAGGCGUCCUCGGGCCUCCUCUAUCCCCUGGAGAGGGGCUUCAUCUAUGUCCACAAGCCCCCCGUGCAUCUGCGCUUCGAGGAGAUCUCCUGCGUCAACUUCGCCCGAGGCACCACCACGACGCGGUCCUUUGACUUUGAGAUCGAGACCAAGCAGGGAAAUCAGUUCACCUUCAGCAGCAUCGAGAGAGAAGAGUACGGCAAACUGUUUGACUUUGUGAACGCCAAGAAACUCAACAUCAAGAACCGAGGCUUCAAAGAGGGCAUGAAGGGUAAGAUUGACGAGUACAGCGACUCGGACGAGGACCAGCACGACGCCUACCUGGAGAGGAUGAAAGCCGAGGGCAAGAUCAGGGAGGAGGGCAACGACAGCGAGGAGUCGGAUGGCGAGAGCGACGAGUCGUUCAACCCCGGCGAAGAGGACGACGACAUUGCCGAAGAGUACGACAGCAACGCGUCGGCGAGCGACAGCAGCGACGACGGGGACGACGACGACGGCGACGGCAGCAGCUCAAAGAAAAAGGCCCCGAAAGUCAAAGUGGUGAAGGAGAAAAAAGAGAGGAAACCACGCAAAGAGAAAAAGCAGAAAGAUAAGGGCGGCCCCAAGAGGCCGAUGAGCGCCUACAUGCUGUGGCUCAACUCCAGCCGCGAGCGCAUCAAGUCGGAGAACCCGGGCAUCUCCAUCACGGAGAUUUCCAAGAAGGCCGGAGAGAUGUGGAGACAACUGGGCAAGGACGACAAGGAGGAGUGGGAUAUCAAGGCGGCGGAGGCGAAGAGGCAGUACGACAAAGCGAAGCAGGAGUACAAGGAGAGCGGCGGGGGGGAAGCUGCUGCUCCAGCAGCGACAUCCAGCUCCAAGAAGGAGAGUAAAAAGUCUGGCGGGGCGAAGGAGGAGAAGAAGAGGAAGUCCGCCGGCGCGGACAAGGAGAAGGAGCGGGCGGUAGCCAACGACAGCUUUAAGAGCCGAGAGUUCAUCGAGACGAGCGAGGAGAGCUCGUCGGACACCGACCGCAAGAGCAAGACCAAGGCCAAGAGGAAGAAGGAAUCGGAUGAUGAAAUGGAGGAAGAAGAGGCCGUGUCCACACCUGCCAGCUCAGAAGAGGAGUCCGACUAAACACAACAACAUUUAUCCAUCCUGCUCACAGACCAAGGACCAAGCAUAUAUACGCUCCAUGUGGAUCUCACACCCAUGAUCUGUGGGACAAAUCCACAGACUUGAACUGUACUUUAUUUAGAAUUUUUUUUUUU